UCAAUAGAAGAAGUCAUAUAAACCCCAACACAAUGGGGUUUGCAUCACAAUGGCUUCUCAUCUUUGUUGUCACCUUCUUCACCAUAACCACGGUGAGUUCAUCACAUAAGAUCCCACGGCUUAGUCCGGUUGAUCCGAGGCUACGAUACCAGACAAACGCUGUCACGACAACCGUUUCUAAUGAUCAUUUGAAGACCUUUUUCUACAAUCAAACACUCGACCACUUUAACUACAAGCCGGAAAGCUAUGCCACUUUUCGACAAAGAUAUAUCAUUAACUCUAAAUGGUGGGGUGGUGCUAAAAAGAAGGCACCGAUUUUUGUUUAUCUUGGUGCCGAAGGACCCAUAGAUGGAGACAUUGGUGCUCUUGGACUUCUCCCUGAUAUUGCCCCUCGUUUUAAGGCUCUUGUGGUGUAUUUAGAGCAUCGGUUUUAUGGAGAAUCAAACCCGUUCGGGUCAAAUGGAGAUCCAAGUUCAAUCAAGGCAAUGGAGGAAUCGGUGCGAAACAAGACUAUUCGUGGGUAUUUUAAUUCAGCUCAAGCAUUAGCAGAUUACGCAGAGUUAUUAUCGCAUAUUAGAAAGGAAUUAUGUGCUCAUGAUUCUCCUGUCAUUGUUGUGGGAGGAUCUUACGGUGGAAUGCUUGCAUCUUGGUUCCGUCUCAAGUAUCCACAUAUCGCGCUUGGAGCUCUUGCUUCCUCUGCUCCUAUUCUCUACUUUGAUACCAUCACUCCUCAAGAUGGAUAUUAUUCCAUCGUUACCAAAGAUUUCAAGGAAGCAAGUGAAAAGUGUUACCACACCAUAAGGAAAUCAUGGGACGAGAUCGAUAGAGUUGCUUCUAUACCAAAUGGUCUUGCUAUUCUUUCCCAAAAAUUCAAAACAUGCUCGCCAAUAAGAACUUCUUUCGAGCUCAAGGACUACUUAGAAAUGAUAUAUGCGGGUGCGGCUCAAUACAAUGCUCCACCAACGUAUCCAACGACCCAAAUUUGUCAAGCUAUCGACGGUGCAAACAACGCCACUAAUAUUCUUGAUCGCGUAUUUGCUGGGGUUGUUGCUUAUCAAGGAGACGGACCUUGUUAUAAUUUAACAUCAAGAGUUAGCCAAACAUCCAUCGGAUGGAGAUGGCAAGCUUGUAGUGAGAUGGUGAUGCCAAUUGGAAUAACUAGUAACAUCAGCAUGUUCCAAAGUGAGCCUUAUGAAGAAAAAUUAGUUAUUGACGACUGUGUUAAUAGAUAUGGCGUUAGGCCGCGGCCUCAUUGGGCUACAACUUAUUACGGUGGAUAUGACAUAAGGCUCGCGCUUAACAAAUUUGGUAGCAAUAUCAUCUUCUCCAAUGGUUUAAGAGAUCCAUAUAGCAGUGGAGGAGUACUCGAAGAUAUAUCGGACACGAUCCUCGCUGUUAAAGCCACAAAUGGUUCACAUUGUUUGGAUUUGUUAAACUCGAGAGAAAGUGAUCCCGAGUGGUUGGUUGAGCAGCGAAAUGAGGAAGUGAAGAUUAUCAAACGAUGGCUCAGUAAAUAUUACAAAAGUCUCCCUUUACUAAAGCAAUGAUGAUAGAUCAUAAUUCAUAACAUGUUCUCUUUUUCUUUUUUUACAUUUUAGUAGCUAUCAAAACAAAUAAUUCGACAUUUUGUUUAACUUAAAGUUUAGAUUAAGAAAGUUCCAUUUUUUUCAUAUAUAUAUAUAUGAAUCAUGAAUUAGCUUUA